AUGAAUUUUGAUAACAUUGAGCUAGCUGUCACAAAAUCUGUGGACCAAGAUGCCCUGGAUCUGGUUGCCUUGGGCCAUGAUCAAGUGUUUUCACGCAAAUUUAGCCUCUGGAGCAUGUUGGCUCUUGCUUUUUGCGUCCUAGGGUCCUGGGGGGCAAUAUCCAGCGAUCUUGCGAUCGGAUUUAGCAGCGGGGGUCCUGUCAUUAUUCUGUGGGGUCUCGUGUUGGUGGCGCUUUGCAAUCUUUGCGUGGUCCUUUCUCUAGGAGAACUCUGCAGCAGCAUGCCGACGGCCCUGGGCCAGGCGUACUAUGUGUUUCGUCUUUGUGGCAGCCCGACAGGGCGAUUCCUUUCAUAUAUGUGCGCUUGGAUUAAUGUCUUUGGCUGGUGGACUGCAACCGCGACGCUAGUUGCUUUCAACACCGAUUUCCUCCUAGGGAUGAAACUGAUGUUCGACUCGGAGUGGGAUGGAAUCAAUCAAGGCUGGAUUAGCUUUGUCAUCUAUCUCGGCUUGUCACUUUUGGUGACCGUCGUUAAUGUCGUCGGUUGCCGCAAAGACCCUAUUCUUCCAUGGUUGAAUAAUGUGAUGGGAGUUGGAUUUGCUGCUCUCUUUGUCGUCUUCUCUCUCGCAUUUCUGAUCUCUGUCGCCACAAACACUCACCUAUCCUUCCAAAAUCCAACCUUCGUGUUCGGGACAUGGACGAACCAAACAGGAUGGAAUGAUGCGGUCACCUGGUUUUUGGGCCUUUUGCAGUCAGCUUAUGGCCUAACGGCAUUCGAUUCAGUGAUUCAUAUGGCCGAGGAGAUCCCCGACCCGCGUCGGAAUGUUCCUAAAGCUAUGUACCUCUCGAUCCUCUCCGGAGCAGGAACGAGUUUCGUCUUUAUGGUGAUUUGUCUCUUUUGUCUUCAGGAUGAGACGACCAUCGCAGAUCAUCCAUCCGGCCUACCUUUCAUUGGACUGGCUCAACAGAUUCUCGGCCUGCAAGGAGCGGCGGCUCUCGUUGCAUUAUUCACUAUUAUCUCUAUUGGCCAAAACGUCAGUGUUGCGACAACCGCCUCCCGCAUGACAUGGGGCUUUGCACGAGAUGGCGGUAUUCCCUGGAGCAGGUAUUUCUCCCACGUGGAUCCUGGCUGGAAAGCUCCAGUGCGAGCGAUAUGGGCCCAGGGUAUUAUCACUGCCCUUAUCGGCGUGUUAUACCUCUUCUCUACCACCGUCCUCCAGGCAAUCGUGAGCGUUAGUAGCAUCGCCUUAAUGAUCUCUUACGGCAUGCCAAUUGCCACCCUUCUCAUUGUCGGACGAGAUAAACUAAAUCCUGGACCAUUUAGACUGGGCAAAUGGGGGACGACACUUAACACUGUUAGCGUUAUAACGUGCACAGUAAUCGCGGUCUUUUUCUUUUUCCCGGGCACACCAAAGCCCAGCGGGAGUGAUAUGAAUUAUGCUAUUGGUGUCUUCGGCGCAAUGAUGCUUGUGUCACAGUUGUUCUGGUUAAUAAAGGGCCGUCACAGUUAUUUUAGGAUUGAAUGA